AAUGACGUACGCACCCUUCCGCCGCUCUCAAGGGCAACUAACGUUAGCUAACUUAUCGGGUGGCCGUCCACACGUGCACCUACACAGCAGCACCGGAGGUUAGAGCUCGCGGCCGGGACCAGGGGACAUGGACGGGUUUGGUUCGGACUUCUCCUCGGGGGGAGCGGGCGGUAAAAUGGACACCGGGACGAUCAUGGAGCAGGUCAAGGUCCAGAUCGCGGUGGCUAACGCGCAGGAGCUGCUGCAGAGGAUGACUGAUAAAUGCUUCAAGAAGUGCAUAGGUAAACCAGGAAGUUCGCUGGACAACUCUGAGCAGAAAUGUAUUGCCAUGUGUAUGGACCGGUAUAUGGACGCGUGGAACACCGUGUCCCGCGCCUACAACUCCAGACUACAGAGGGAAAGAGCUCGCAUAUGAACGCCCUCCCUUCACCCUUCACCCUCACCCUCCCCAGGCUGCUGCACCUCGACUGGCUUACAUGAGGCAGAGAGCACGGUGCGCUGUGUGAGGCCGGGAGCUGUGCACGGGCGUGUGACGGCAACACACGCACACCACCACCUUCUCCGUGAUAAUGCUUCACAGACAAGCGAGCAGAGCCUGCAGAUUCUAGCCAUAACAAUAUCUCUUUGGACAUUUUACAUUUCACCCCGAGGAACAGUUGAAGUCCGACUACUGUUAUCAUUAUUAUUAUUAUCAGAUGGUGUUUUUAAUGUGAUAAAUGAUUGAUCAGAUGGUUAACAGCUGAGCAUGUAUUGUGAAGCACUGUGGUGGGGAUGUGACGUCCCCUGUCCACUGGAGCGCCACAGCUUUUGUUUUUGCAGUAUUUCAGCUGGCAUGUGUGUUCACUACAGAAUGUGGCUUCAACAGGAAAGAAAAAAAAUCUUCUGCCCAACAUACUCGUAAGAUCAGACGUGUCUUUGAGCUCCAGAGCCUGUAUCAUCGGACACCCAGUGCUCAUUUACAUAAAGACAAGGAUGAACAGGAACCAAGUCUCAAGUUCUCUACAAUAGCUCCCUAAAAUACAGCGUCAGCAUGGUGCCCAGUCUUGUCAAUGUGCGUGUGUUGAGAGACAGAAUAUGUGUGUGUGCCGAAAAAGAAGAAACUAGUACAACUAGAGCCCUUAAGGAGCAAUGAAGGCUUUUUUUUUUUUUUAAGUUGUUUCAUUCACCAAGGAAAAUUUAGCAGCAACUUUGUAUUUUCAUAACCGCAAACCUGACAUUAAGCCUCCAAACAGUCCUAUAUCAGAGUACGCCUCGAGAACAAAACUGUUUUGUCUGACCUGUUUUCUAGUUGUCACUCUAUCUGCCGCCCUUCACAGUAGUGGGCUUGUUUGAACAGGGUCUGCCUUGCUGCAGACAGGGUACUGAACCCUUCUCAGCUUUGUGUGCACGGUUUGUCAGAUGUCUGGGAACCAAAAUCCCCCUUUCAUCCCGUUUACUUUGUAUAGAGAAAUAAGAGCCAAAAAAAAAAAAAAAAAGCCAGUGAACAUUAUUUGCUGUGUGUUUGGGAAGUUGCGCUUGUGACCGAAUGGAGUAGAGUUCAUGAGAAAUCAAUAAAUCCUGUCAAUCA